AUGGAUGUAGCGCGAGCAAAUACACCAGGUGUUUUUGCUGAAAGUCUCAGAACUCUUGAAGCUCUUGUUCCGAGAAUCAAAGAUAAUAUCAAGUAUGACAACUCAUUGAUCAGUGAUCUUGAAGAACUGAAAGAUCAGUGGCAGGUCUUACAGGAGACGCUGGCUUCAACUUUCGAUAUACAAUGCCCCUUAAGCGAGAUCCUUCAGAGAUUUGAGUGCAUGAAAAGGUUGAAAAACGAGUUUUACACGUUGCUUCAGAGGAUAGUGGAGAUCGAAUCGGAUCUCGUUAGGUUCUUCGAUGGCAUAGAAUCGCAGGUUGCAGACGAAGUUGAAAUUGAGAAUUUGGACCUAUUGAUCAACGCUUUUGAAGAAUGUUGGAUGGGUUUAGGCCGACUGAAGGUGCUGCUGCGAUCUUCAAGGUACGCUUUGGAAAGCGGUUUGGAAUUUAACGAGAUUCUUAACGAUCUUAUUCUAGCACUGGAUGCUUUGAUAGAUGAAAAUGCUGAAAAAUGUUUCGAGAUCAAACAGGACGUGAAAUUGUCAAGAGUUUCUCGCACUUCGCUCGACGGCCAAAGAAGAGUCAGCAGCGUGCUUUCCGAAAGUGCCGAUACUAACUUUAGUCGCGUACCGACAUUUUCUGAGGAUUCUGACGUUUUUGAGGAAUUCGUGUCAAUAACAGAGGCUAUGGAACCACUGGAAAAGAACUUGAGGCAUACUCUAUACCAAAAGAUUGAGAGUUUUGGCAACCGCCAAAUUAUACAUGUUCAGUAUCUUGCUAACAUACUACGAGAGAAAUACAACGAUCUUUGCCUAAAGUACGAGUCGCUGAUUGUCGUGUUCCACCUGCUAAAGGAAGAACUUGUAAACUCCCGGUGGAAGGCGCUUUUCGAGAGCCUAAACAAAAUAGUUGAUCAGGACAUAAAAACGGCUAGCAAUAUGGUAUCCGAGCUUGAAGCGUAUUCGAAAUUACGGUCGUCAGACCUGGCAAGACUUUUGUCACUUCAAGAUGAAAUUGAGAAUAACUUUAAUAUCAUUUACCAGGCCCUUGACAAGUCCGUACUCACGGUGGAUGUAGCAGACCAAUCCAACAAGCUAGCUGACCGGUGGUUGGCUCUUAGUUUAGCUAUAACCGAACUGAACUCGCACGUUGAUACCGAUGAAGACCUAUCGUCCCAUAUGCAGCAACUAUCACUUCUGCGACAUGAACCAGCGGACCGAAGACCCAGUCAGAGACGAACAAGCAGUGUAGGUGCGUUUUUAUUCAAGCGAAUGAACAUCAAGCCUGUUAUGAUAGAUACCACGCCAAAAUCUGCUGUGAAAAUCAAGUCAUUUUACCAACCUUCCGAAUCCUCGCAGCCGGCCCGUCUGAAUUUCGACAGCAUCCCACAUUCAUCUCAGCCAGCGGAAGAAACAGAGGAAACUACCGAAACAGAGCUGGUCAGCCACAAGAAACCUGGUUCCUCAGAUUUAAUAUCGCUAAAGAAACUAUUGCGUAAAAUUCAAUAUUUUUCUGGCUUGCGUUCACGAAUUCCUAUUUACCAGGAUCAUCAUCAAAACUUCAGGAGCUCGAUUAGAGCGCAUUUGGCUGAUCCCAUGAAGGUGGUUCCUCAUAGUUCCAACCUGACAUCGGGCUCAGCUGACUUUGAAAAGUGUCAACUUCCCACGGUGUGCUUACAUAAGCUACAUCUGAAUUAA